AUAAAUAUGUUUAAAAUAUUGAAAUGUGUGCAUAUUCUUGAUAAAAAGUCACCUUAAAAGAGAAAAUGUUUUCAUGUUCCUUUAAGAAUAGUAAAAGUCCCUGGACACAAAACAGAGCACUUCCCCUUUAAGGGAGCGAGGCUUCUUAGCGCUAGCAGUGCAGUCGACGAGCUGAGAGCACAGAGCCAACUGCCGAGAGGAAAAGUGAAAUGUAAAGUGAUUAAGGAUCGCUAAAAAGAUACUUACCUGGUCGAUGAGCCACCAGAACCACAUCUUAGUGAGCAAGAAUUGACUUUUGAUGCCGUUUGAUGGUUACCGGACUGCACUCGGCACCAGUAACGACCUUCAUUUGGGCCGAGGAUGGUCCAGUGUCUUGACAGACAGCCAAUCAGAUCCUGACGGAAAAUGACAUUGAAUCCAUGCUUUUGCCAAGAGUUGAACUUUUAAGGGCUGUGGUCUUAAAUGUUUGAUCAGCUGACGAACACCUUGCUUCACUUUAAUGCUUGUUUGCAAUAAAUUGCUCACUCAAAAUGUUUUUGUCUCGCUCCCAUUUCUUCUUUUUGCAUUUUGAAACUGUAUUUAGAACCUCCUGAAGAUCCAGCAGUGCAAAAUGUCAAUUCUUGAAAUUUUUCAACUGCUCUUAAAAGAUUUUGACCAUGAGUGAAUGAGUGUGUGUGUGUGUGUGUGUGUGUGUGUGUGUAUAUAUAUAUAUGGGCUGGCAAAAAUAGUGUAUAAUACAUAUAUAUUAUUUUGUAUCUACAUAUCAGCUUGCUAUCUUUACAUUGUGAUGUUAUGAUGUAUUUUUGCAGUUUUGUUUAAUUGUAUCUGUACAAUGUGCCACGGGCCAAUUAAAACACAAACCGUGUCGCUAAUAGAGAUAACAAAAAUAAGAUCAUGAGACAUUGAAGGGAACAAAAUACACCAGCAAUUCAUUUAAACAAAAUAGGUAAUGACAGUAAUCAAUAACUCGGCCCUUAAAUUGGAGAUUUUAUUACCAUUUUUAACUGCCCAAAAGCAAAGCACGUAUUGCGCGUGCUACAUUGUUAUACCGAAGUUGCAGUAACAUGGCCGUCGACUGAGCGGCACUAGGGGGCAUAUACAUAGAAGAGAAGAAGAACACCAGCCAGUCACAACAAAGCUAACAGUCUGCGCUUUGCUAGGUCAAUAAAGUCAACUUUCUUCCCAAUCAAAUAUCAUCAUGUCAGGACCAAGGCGUGUAUUAUGUAUUGAAUUAGUUAAAUACAUCACCGGAGUCGAAGGUUUGACGUUUUGCUUUCCCGACCAGCAGCUAGCGCCACUUUUAAAGGCCACCAAGCAGCCUGGAUACUUUUGUUAGUGUAAUCAUCACGCUAAUGCAUCUGCAGGCUCCUGUCUUUUUUCAACAAGAAAACACAAAUCUCAAAUGUACAUAAAGAUACGAACAGUCCGCCAGUCAGCCACACUUACCUCCAGGGCAGAGGACACCUUCGAAUGCAGCGAGGAAGAACACGUUAUCCCCGCUUGCGAGCGGGCCAAGCGACGGAAAUUGGCAACUGAGCACUCAAAAUUAAAUCACAUCUUAUCAGACACAUAAUAACUGUUUAAAACGUGUGAGGUGUCUAAAAUAGAGCACCAGCCCAAGCCGGCUGUUCUCCAAUCUCCUCUUUUAGAGAUACAGUACGCCGAGAUGAGCUUGGAUGCUCUACUUUACGUUUUUUUUGAUGGGGCCAUGAAGGCAGCACCGGUGAACCAUGUGACCACAAGCUGCCAAGACUUGUAUAGUACUGUAGUUGUACAAGAAUGCAUACUUUUGGUAGGAAAACUUACUGAUUCAGAGUAAACUAUAGAGACUAACAGGAUCGGGAAUAACAACACAAUGAUGUGGUUUGUGAUUAAUUUGGGUUUGGGUUUGGCUCAUUUUCCACCACGCAAUUCCGCUUUUUACUGAAAUAACAAAUGUGAAUGCUUAUAAAUAAGAGCACAGUAGCAAUACGUAUUUGUUACUGAACUUUUUUGCACUCUAAAUGUGUAAUUUCCCCCCAAGUAAAGCAGCAGCGAUGACGUCACACGCCACAAUCACGCCCGCUGCUGUUGCACGGAUGACAACUUCCCGCCGGAGCAAGGCUCGGGUUUCCACGCCAGUCCCCGCCCGCACGCUCUGAGCGAGGCCCGGCAUGGAAGCGGGCGGACCGGUGGGCAGAACCUCUGCAUCAUCAUCAUCAUCAUCAUCGAUGAUGAUCCUGAACCUCAUCGCUUACGCCAGGAGAGAAGCUGCAGCAAAUACGUCCAUACGACGUCCGUCCAUAAGACAGGCAUCAUGAUUCCCAUGAUGGAAUUCCGUCAGUUCUCGGAGCAGCAGCCAGCCUUCCGGGUCCUGAAGCCGUGGUGGGACGUGUUCACCGACUACCUGUCCGUCAUUAUGCUCAUGAUAGGUGUGUUUGGAUGCACUCUUCAGGUGAUGCAAGACAAGAUCAUCUGCCUCCCACACAGAACAUCUCAGGAGAACAUCACUGAAGUGGAGGUGACGCCGUCACACGUGCAUUACAACAUUUCAGCCGUGCCAAGAGAGAUGACGGGCCUGAAGACUGACCUGGACCUCCAGCAGUACAGUUUCAUCAACCAGAUGUGUUAUGAGAAGGCCCUGCAUUGGUACGCCAAGUACUUCCCUUAUUUGGUUCUGAUACACACGCUGGUUUUUAUGGUGUGCAGCAACUUCUGGUUCAAAUUUCCGGGUUCCAGCUCCAAAAUAGAGCACUUCAUCUCCAUGCUUGGCAAGUGCUUUGACUCUCCCUGGACCACCCGGGCUUUGUCGGAGGUUUCCGGAGAAAACCCAGAAGAGAAGGACCAUAAAAAGAGCGGGACUGCCCGGUCCAACAUGGUCGCUUCCCCCGGAGACGUCUGUUUGGAGAAAACACAGUCGCUCAGGUCCAUCCCGGAUAAGAUAGUCGUGGACAAACCAUCAGCGAGUGCUCUUGAUAAAAAAGAGGGGGAACAAGCCAAAGCUCUUUUUGAGAAAGUGAAGAAGUUCCGCUUGCAUGUGGAGGAAGGAGACAUCCUCUACAUCAUGUAUGUCCGCCAGACGGUCUUCAAGGUGUUUAAGUUCCUGCUGAUCAUCGCAUACAACAGCUCCCUGGUCAACAAAGUAAGGAACAGAGUUGCCUGUGAGGUGGAGAUACAGGACAUGACCGGCUACAAAGACUUUGAAUGCAACCACACCAUGGCUCACCUCUUCUCCAAGCUCUCCUACUGCUACCUGUGCUUGGUAGCCGUCUAUGGAUUAACCAGUCUGUAUACCUCCUACUGGCUGUUUUACCGCUCCCUCAAGGAAUACUCCUUUGAGUAUGUGCGCCAGGAGACAGGCAUCAACGACAUCCCGGAUGUUAAAAACGACUUCGCUUUCAUGCUGCACAUGAUUGAUCAGUACGACCCGCUGUACUCGAAAAGAUUCGCUGUGUUCCUCUCCGAGGUCAGCGAGAACAAGCUGAAGCAGCUCAAUCUGAACCAUGAGUGGACGGCGGACAAGCUUCGUCAGAGACUGCAAAUGAAUGCCAACAACCUUCUUGAGCUGCAGCUCUUCAUGCUCCCCGGGCUGCCCGACACCGUCUUUGAGCUGACGGAGCUCCAGUCGCUCAAACUGGAGAUCAUCAACAAUGUGACCAUCCCUGCCUCAGUCUCCCAGCUGGCAGACCUCCAGGAACUGUCCCUCUACCAGUGCUCCAUCAAGCUGCACACCACAGCGACCUCCUUCCUCAAAGAGAACCUCAAAGUACUUCGGGUCAAGUUUGAUGACAGCAGAGAGUUCCCAAGCUGGCUGUAUGGUCUGAGGAACUUAGAAGAGCUGUAUCUCACAGGGUCACUCUGCCCCGACGCCUCCAAGAAUAUUGUUCUGGAGUCACUGCGGGAGAUGAAGUGCUUGAAGACGCUCUCUCUAAAGAGCAACUUGACCAAGAUACCCCAGUCCAUCGUGGACGUCUCCAGCCAUCUACAGCGGCUCUACCUGCACAACGACGGCACCAAGCUAGUGAUGCUCAACAACCUGAAGAAGAUGAACAACUUGACCGAGCUGGAGAUGGUGCGCUGUGACUUGGAGCGCAUUCCUCAUGCCAUCUUUAGCCUGACCAGCCUACAGGAGCUUGACCUAAAGGAGAACAACCUCCGUUCCAUCGAGGAGAUCAUCAGUUUCCAGCAUCUCCGCAAACUCACCUGCCUUAAGCUUUGGUACAACGGCAUAAUGUACAUCCCCGAGCACAUCAAGAAGCUAGGGAGUCUUGAGCGCCUCUACUUCAGCCACAACAAGAUCGAGAUUCUACCCUCACAUUUGUUCUUGUGCAACAAACUGCGCUACCUGGACCUGUGCCACAACGACAUCAGGUUCAUCCCUCCAGAAAUCGGAGUCCUUCAGAGUCUGCAGUACUUCUCAGUCGCCUGCAACAAAAUUGAGAAUCUACCUGACGAGCUCUUCUUCUGUAAGAAGCUGAAGACACUCAAGCUGGGCAAGAACUCUCUGUCUAUACUCUCGCCAAAGAUUUCCUACCUCGUUCAGCUGACGCACUUGGAGCUCAAAGGGAACCACUUUGAGGUUCUACCUUCAGAACUGGGCUUCUGUCGUACCUUGAAGCGCAGCGGCCUCAUCGUGGAGGAUGCGCUGUUCGAAACGCUGCCCUCCGAUGUCAGGGAGCUAAUGAAGGCGGAGUGAGAUGCCUUCCUGCCACCACAGUGUCUGCUGUCUCGUGUUAUACGAUCUCAUUAGCACACGUCUGACUUGCACUAUUGUUUAUAGGUCUUUAAAGUGUGUUCAUCCUUAUAGUCUGGUACUCUGGUCUGGGCCAAAUUUUUUUUAAAUAUACUUGGUCACAGCCGCACGGUGGUCUAGUGGUUAGCACGUUGGCCAACACAGUAACAGCUUGGAGAUUGGGAAGACCUGGGUUCGAUUCUCCCUGGGCAUUUCUGUGUGGAGUUUGCAUGUUCUCCCCGUGUGCGCGGCUACUCCGGUUUCCUCCCACAUUCCAAAAACAUGCAGGUGAGGUUAAUUGGCGACUCUAAAUUGCCCAUAGGUAUGAAUGUGAGUGUGAAUGGUUGUUUGUAUGUUAUAUGUGCCAGUCCAGGGUGUACCCCGCCUUUCGCCCGAAGUCAGCUGGGAUAGGCUCCAGCAUGCCCCCGCGACCCUAUUGAGGAAGAAGCGGUAUAGAAAAUGGAUGGAUGGAUACUUGGUCACUUUAGUGCCGUCUGAUUUGCGUUCACACAUGUAUUUUUAUUUUUGGCAGUGGACCAAAUAAUGCUCUGUUAAGCAAACGAGUAUGCAUAAAGUCAUGCCUUGAUUUGAUGGCGUAUGUGACGUGUACAUUGUUCGACGAGCCACGCAUCCAAAACAACAUGAUGUCUUCCGGGUUACAUACGCUCUUAGGACUUUCCUUUCUAUGGUGCGUAUUUUGCCAGUUAACUGUUUCCUCAUCAUAUACAGUGUUUCGGUGCGUUGGUGCAGCCUUCACACUUCCCUCACUCAGGACUAGAGUCGGCUUGCAGGUGGACUUGGGGUGCGUUCACUUGUCAUUUUUGGUUCAGAUAUCACAAUCUACAAUCCAUUUGCUCUGGUAGUUUGGUUUGUUUGGUCAUCAAAAGGACCAGUCCAAACAGGGGGGCCAAGGCCGCCUGAGAGAUGGGUUUCGUCCGCUUCCAAGUAGAAUCCAAUCCUGAGUGAGGAAAGUAUGAAAGUCGACCGCACCAAUGCACCAACAGCGGAUAUGAUGUCACCAAAUGCCAGCGUAACCAUGCGGUGCACAGCAACACCCAACAGAGAUUUGAGUGGAAAUCAUGAAAAAAUAAGAGAUAAACGUAAGCCCAGAAGUGUUAAAAGAAGUUAACUAUUUAUUUAAACAUAUCUGGAUCUUUUCAACUAAGGUGUUGAUCAUUACAGUUCGCUGAAGUCGUCAGCAAUGCUGGUAAAUCAACGGGAACCUUUCUGACAUCUUUAUAUGAUUUAAUAUGAUUAUUCAGAAUGAUCAUUUUAUAUAAUGUAAUACACCAUAACCUGUGGUCACAAGCUUUGGAUAGUGCCACCAAGGACAGGAUCGCGGGUAUAAGCGUGCAAAGUGAGUUUCCUCCAUAGGGUGGCUAGGCUCUCCCUAAGAGAUAAGGUAAGAAGCACUGUUAUCCGGGAGAUACUCGGAGUAGAAGUGCUGCUCCUCCGCAUUGGGAGAUGCCAGAUGAGGUAGCUAGGUAGCUCAGGAUGCCUCGCUGACGCCUCCCUAGGGAGGAGCAUGUCUGCAUGACCCCGGGCAUGUGUGACCAGUAGGAGGACUCGGGGAAGACCCAGGACACGUUGGAGACUAUGUCUCUCCACUGGCCUGGGAAUGCCUCGAGAUCCGCUGGGAGGUUGUAGAACAAUGUAGACAUCACAUACACCGUCCAAUCAAUGAGCGACUUUAUGCAUAUGAUUAACUUUCGGUCCGCUGAAUACUGUAUAAUAAUAAAACACUAACCAGACCACACAAAAGUGACCACUAAAAGUGUCUAGAAUUUUUGGUCCCGACAAGAGUACUGAAGUGCAAAUGUGAAUGCACAACAAGACCCAUCUUCUCAGGCAGUUUGGGCUCACCUGUAUAGUCUGGUUCUGGAUUCGGUGGACUGUGGACACUUGACCAAACGAACUGUACUAGCAGAGCAAAUGGACCAUUUGUUUUACCUGGACCAAAAAGUGUGAACUAAGAGUUCCGUAGUCUGGCUGCAUCCUGUUACCAAGAAUAUCAACUGAUAUUAUUCUCCCUUGUUAAAAAUGGAGACAGAAGCACUAAUAGACAAUGGAAAAAAUGCCAAAGAUAAAAUUCCUGCAUCCUAUCUUUUCCCACUAUAGAACCAGUUGUCAAACCACACUGGUCAUUUAAUUAGUUACUCAUCUAUAACAUCAUAUACAAAUUUAUCAUGGGCUGUGCUGUAUCAUAAUGAAAGGCGUUUCUAUUAUUUUGGUUACAUAGCUAGAGGAGGAAAAUAUCUGCUUAUACAAGUUAUCUUGUUGUGAAGUAAAUGCUAAAUGAAAUUUACUUUAAAAUGACAUCACAGCACACUGGAAAGUACAAAUGUAUAUCAUUGGUUAGUAUGGUAUAGUCUCUGGUUUUUGCAUGGUAAAUUAGUCUGUUUAUAUAAAUCCAACCACAACACAGUGGUAAUGCUUACUGUUAAUGAAAACUACAUAAUAUGUAUUUUCAUACUGGUUUUCUGAAGAUAUUGUACUUAAUGAAGUGCCCCAAUAUGAUUUCCUAUGACUGUUUAUUGUGAUAUAUAAUACUGGGGAAUGUAGAAUUCGGUGCUUGGGAUAUUAGAGGGCUUUUUUAAGGUAAAUGUUGGUGGCUGAUUCUAAAUACCAUCAGUUUUAACUGGUGCAGAAUGAUGUGACUGGUAUGAAUGACUGGUAUGCAAAAGGAUUGAUGUCCUCAAAUCAUUAUAGUUGCCUUUUAGAUUAAGAAAACUACAUGUUGAAUGUAUUUAUGAUCAUAGAAUACUGCUAAUGGCCUUAGAAAGAAAUAUAAUUUAUUAAUACGUGCAUUAUGUCAUAAUCUAGAGCUGCUAAAAAUGAAAGUCAUAUUCUGAUCAGGUCUGAGGCACCACAAAAUGUUUCCGUGUUAUGUUACAUUGAGCCACACCUUAAUUGAAGCACUGUAUAUUAUUAGAAAGAUUAUUUUUAAAUACAAUAAACAUUUGCAAGUAUGUUGAACUGUCGUGCUACUGUUUUUUUUUUUUUUAACAAUGUCUAAAGUUGAAUACGAUUUGCGUUUGCA